AUGCGAGGUUCUUUUGAAUAUAAACGUCCUUGUGGUUGGAAAAGAAUUGCCCUUAACGUUCUUGACAAAUAUGAAAAUAAUCUUUGGCUUGGUGUAGGUGGUAAUAGAAGAAGUCAUUCCACUAAUUCCGUAACCAAUGAAUGGCCAGUUUCUUACCAUGGAACUGCCGAGCAUAAUUUUAAAUCAAUCGCUCAAGACGGAUAUCUGUUGUGUAAGGGUAAACGAUUCAGAUUUGGGCGUGGAAUUUAUUCAACACCGGACAUUGAUGUCGCAUCUAGAUAUGCUACCAAAUACACUUUUAAUGGAGAGCAGUAUUUAGUUGUAUUUCAAAAUAGGGUUAAUCCGAAUAAUUUGGUUAGAAUUUCAAAGAGUGAAACUGGAAUUGGUGAAUAUUGGAUUUCACCGGAUGGAGCGGACUUACGUCCUUAUGGCUUGUGUAUCAAGAAAGCUAUAGAUCAAAUUGAAAAAGAUCUUAAAAUUGCAAAAGAAGAGUCACACAAAGAUGGUUCGGAUCUAGAUGUUUUAGAGAUCGAUUUGCCAUCCAUUAAAACAAAGAAACAAGUUCAUUCUUCAUUAAUGAUUUCAAUUAAACAACAACUUCCAAAUUGGUGGAUACAAAUUGAUAACAAAUUAGUUGUUAAUGGCAAUGAAUUCCGACCCGAUGUAGGAGGAUGGAACCCAUGA